AGUCUGCGCAGCGCAUCAUGGUCGAAACCAAAUACAGCGUUGAGUUGCUAGGCAACUAGUUACAGAAACAGGCGAAUCCGCGGUGAAUGUGGAGACAGAAAGCCAAAUAUAAAGUUAAAAUAAUACAUUUUGGUAAAAAUGUCGAGUGCGUUUUUGUCAGGGGCGAUCAAGCCCCCUAUCCAUGAUCAAAUAUCUGAGCUACAACGAAAAAUUCAACUUCUAGAGGGAGACAGAAAUGCGUAUUUUGAAGUCUCUCAAGCUGGCAUCAAGAAGAACAGAGAAACGAUCAUACAGCUCAGACAGGAUAAUAAAGAUCUGCACAAGAAACUGGCGAGGUCCCUUGCAGGAGAUGAACAAAUUAUCAGAGAGGCCUUUCAGAACCAUGGCGUGGAGAGAGCAGCAUUUGGAAACAUGUCUGGAAAGGCUGCUCGGACGGUGCUGGAUCAGAAGGUGUGCGAUAAAAUGAAGAAGCUUAACGCUCUGAAACACAACACUCAGACACACAGGCGCCGUUUAGAGGACCUGAAGCUCCAGUAUCAAACCUUCAAGCCUGUAAGCAAAGGCUCUCAGCCUGACGCCCAGAAAAGAGAAGAGGACAAAAAGAGCGACGGGGACCCCGCCGAACAACUUCCCCAAAAGAAGUUACGCAUGCUGGAAAACCGUCUGGAGAAAGCUCAGCUGAAAUGCCAUGAAGCGGAGCACAUCAUGCGGGGAUACCUCAAACUGAAAGGGCACCUGCAGGAGGAGAGUCUUACAUAUCAUUCUCAGCUGGACGAACUAGAAGCAGAAAUCCACAGACAGACACAAGAGCUCAAAGACCUGCAGGUCAUGAACAGUGAUGCUAACCUCUCCAAGGACUCUGCUAAGGCAGAGCUUCAGCUUCAGGAAGAGCAGGUUUUCAGAGAGCGGAGAGAGAGAGAGAAAAUCCUUUAUCGCUACAAGAAGCAGGCGGAGGAGAGGAAGGCUCAAGCAGAGAGAAUGGAGAGAAAACCCCAGCGGGCACCUGUGCACACCGAUGAGAUGAGCAGUGAGGCCCAGCACAGUGCCAUUGGAGUCGGGGAGGAAGAGGAAUCCAUCUCUGCAUUCGAAGAAGCUUUCCAGCGCAUUAAAGAUGCCACCGGGGUCACCGAGACACGGGAAAUAGUAGACAGGUUCAUCUCUCAGGAAGAAACUCAGAAACAUCUGGAGAAGAUGAAGGCAAAAAAUGAGAAAACUCUUCUUCAGCUAAAGGCAGAGAAAAAUGAGCUACAGGAUCAGUUUCAGGAGAUGAAAUACUCGGGAGAAACCAAACUCUCAAGUGAGCAGCAGGUGUUGCAAGAAUGUGAGCACAGCCUAGAGGAGGAGCAGCAGCGGCUGGAUGCAGCUAAAGAUCGUCUGGACCGGCUCGCACGCACACUCGUCUCCGUCAAAGCAGGAGUGCAGCAGCUCGCUGAUAAACUGCUACAUAUACCUCUGGUGAAGGGCCCGGGACCCCAGCUGCCCCCAGACUCCGAUGAAUAUGUUCUGCAGCUGUUAUCUGAGGCAGAGCAGAAACUAAUGCUGCUAAAGGAGGAACUGCAGGGCAAAGAUCUGGCAACCGCCAUGAAAGAGAUGAAAGAAGAUGAGUUCCAAGCCAGUAUCGAAGGGAAACUUCCCCAGCACAACACACGCGUUCAGUUGCCUGAGGCCCAGAAACUGGACCCCUUUGAUGCAGAUGACGAUGAAAGCGAUGAUGACGAGGGUGAUCUCAUCACCCGUGCCACCCUGAAGCAACAAUCGCAGCUCAUCAUCGACGCCAAGACCAAGAGAAAGAUUCGCGUCAAAAAGAGAAAGGGGAAAUUCUGAUAAGAUCAAACACGAGCCUUGGAAGUUUAUCUCCGUUAUUAAAGUAAUCUGAUAUGAAUAAAGAUUAAGUUCAAUAAAAGUGUCAUAUAGUUGAA